UUGUGAGAUUUGAUGUUGUAUUUAAAAGUUUAAUAAAAUGCUUUUAUGUGUUUCACUUAUAAAAUGCAAUCAAUGAAUUGGUAUCUAAAUUCUGAUAAAUUUAUACGAGUUGAAAAGAACUUUAUCGAAACAUAAGUUCCAAGAAAGAAUAGUCGUGUAAAAAGACUAUUUUUUAAUAAAAAUAUUAUUACAAUAACUAAAUUAAAAUAGUUACCAAUACUAUGAAUAAUAUUUUUUUUUUGAACAGUACAAAUACUGCAAGAGGCAUAAAUCUAAAUAGAUUUAUCAUUUAAUAACAUUUUGUACUGUGUUAAAACAUGACUCUGUACAUUGACACUAAGUUAAAUUUUAUUGAUAAUAGUGUAAUAUCAACAGUGGGAUCAUGGCAUCCCUCUAUGCCCCUUCUAGCCAUAGGCUCUUACAACCAAGAAAAAGGAGGAUUUGUAACAAUAUUUCAUGAAAAUGGACUUCCUUUGGAAGGCUGUGAAUGGCCUAUACUGUUGUCUAAUCAAGUGACAGCCCUUGCUUGGCAUCCUACUAGAAAAUUAUUAGUAGUAGGUUGGGAUGGAGGCGAAUUAUAUAUUUGGUUGGAAUACUCAUGGGCACGAUUGGAAGCACCUCAUAAUGCUGCUCUUACCACAGUGGCAUUCAGUAUUGGAGGUGGACGUCUCCUGGCAUCUGACACUGCGGGCUCUCUAUCUGGAUGGCAAUCGGCUUCUGGAGCUCCUCUAACUUCCUUUCAUCACCAAUUAGGUGAUGUGAUAACUCAUGUUACAUUCUGUUCUCCUCGUCCCAACAGCGAGUCCUCAAUUAGAGGGCUUGCUCGAGCAGCAGUUGGUGGAGAUGAAAAUGCUCUAGAUGCUUUAGCAGCUUGGCGUCCCCGCACUACAGCUAGAAUGAGGGAAGGCAGCCAACCUGAUAACCAUGCUUGUUAUGCUGCUCAAGAUAAUGGUGUAAUUUUGUAUAUUGACCAUACAGGCGCAUGUUCUGAAGUUCUUAAUGCUUCUGGAAAUAUUAUAUUUAUGGGUGUUAUCAGCAACAUAUACCUCCUCGUCGCAUGGGAAUCAGGUGGCGCUCUUAGCCUAACUAGGUUAUUUACAGCUGAUGAUGGGUCUCUAACAACAGAUACUCACGUAAGAAUGACAGCAAGAAAUGGCCAAUGCAUUGUUCUGGCUGGGAAUUACAAUGUAGCUGUUAUAACUGGAGACAAUUUAAUCCGUGUAUGGGAUAGUGAAACUGGAGAUAAUGACGCCUUGCCAAAUGAAAAAGAAGAAAUUGCCCCAGGCGAUAUAUUUACAAGUAUUAAUUAUUGCAAUUUAAGUGAUACGCUCUGUUGUGGGACAUCUCAGGGACAUCUAUAUCUAUGGCGACGUGAUCACAGAAACCAAUGGAAACUCAUAAGUAGCACAACUAUUAAAGGAACAGUAAAAGAAGUUAGUUGGGGUUCUGAGGGAUUGAUGAACCCUUUAUUGCAUGUAAAUUGUAUAACUAGUGCAUAUAUACUUCGUGAACAACCUGUUUCAUGGGGAUAUUCCCCAAAUGUGUGGAUUGUACAAAAAUCUGCUAAUGAAUUAGCUGUCUGUAAUAAAAAUGAUUUUACAGCUAGUAUUAAUGCAUCAAUCACAGUAAGAGCGUUUGCUUAUAAAGAUCAAUAUGUAGCUUUAGGGGAUGGUAAAGAAGUACAGAUAUGGAUGUGCAGCAAAGACAAUGAAAUAAAUUUUUCUCUUAUAAGAACGUUUUCCUGGAAGACGGAUGUUCUUAUUAUCUACAAUGACAUUCUUGUCGGAGUCGUUAAUCCUCACAUUGAAUGUUAUACAAUAACAGGUAACAGUUUAGGUAUCCUGCCUAGUACAGAAGGGGAAGGCGAACCAAUUGGAAUCACAAAUACUAAUAAGUUUGUUGUCAUCGCAACAAUGGAUGGAACACUUAAAUUAGCAGAGAUAACCAAGAAAGGACUACGAUUGCCAUAUCCUCCAAAAAAUUGCUACCAAAUGAUUGAAGACUUUGGAGAGGUGAUGAGAGCAUCGGUGAACUCCACUGGGCGAUAUAUUUGUUUAAGUGUUGCUAAUGCUGGAUUAGCCCCUGAUCCUAGACUUUAUUUGUGGGAUGUAGCUAAUGAUAUUAUAUCAAAUAUUCUCGUUAGCAAUGAUAACUCAUUACCGCCUUAUCAAAGUGUUCCUUUAGCUAUACUAUGGGACAGUAAUGAUCCUAGACUCGUUGCUGUUCACAUGAGGUCAGCAGAUUUAGAUAGCAUCCAUUUGUUUAUCUGUCAUGAAGGCAAACUUAAUGAAUAUAAAAAUUGGUGCUCUUCUUCAGAAGAAUAUUAUAUGACAGAUUUUGUACUAUGUUCUUUAUAUGCUCCGCAUUUAGUUAUACUGUCACAACAAAACCUUAAAAAAAUAUUAAUGCGUGAAUUUGAAGAUGUGCCUGACUAUGAUCCUUUAAAUAUUAGACAAGUAUUAGAUUUUCUUUAUUACAUGACUACGGGUCAUUUAGAAAAAGCGGUUGUAUUAGGUUCCAGCAUCUCAGGUGGGAAAAGUACUGUUAUUUGGGACAGCUUAGCAAAAGAAUGUGUAUCACGCAAAAGACCUGAUGUCGGGGCAGUGUGCUUAGGUAAAAUGGGUAAUAUUAAAGGUGCACUUAUGAUGCGUAAAGCGAUGAGCGAUGACGACAUCGAUGAUACUUGUAAAAUAGGCGUACUUGCUGUUAAUCUUGGCAUGAUACAUGAAGCAGAGAAUUUAUUCCGAAAAGCAGAAAGGCCAGAUUUAGUAACGCGCCUGAUAUCGUCUAAAGAAGGAGGAUUAAACGAAAUAACAAAUGGAGCAGACGAAGGGGAGAAUAUCUUACUUAUUAAGAGUGCUCAACAUAAAUUGGCAAAAGUUCUUUGGUCUAACGGGGAGUCCGCCGCAGCUUUGAAGCUAUUUGAAGCUGCAGGCACUCUUGUACCCCAUGUACCGCGAAACCUAAUAGUCCAAGGUCAAGCUCCCGUAUUAGCACAAUAUGUAGCCAAGUCGAAUGAUAUUAGUUUGAUAACGUGGUGGGGACAUUACCUUGAAAGUGUUGGUGAUCUUGAUGGUGCAUUGGAGGCAUACGCUCGCGCAAAUGAUUUUGGAGAACAGACUAGAUUAUUAUGUCACAUGGAUAGAAUAGACGAAGCUGAAAAAAUAUGCCAUAUGAAUUCUUCUUCUUUAUAUCAAAUGGCACGCUAUCUAGAGAUGCAACCAGAUAAAACCGAGAAUGCCGUUAAGAUGUACAUAAAAUGUGGUGCAGUGUCUUCAGCGAUCCGUGUCGCAGCUGAGGCAAGCGCUUGGAAUCUUGUUUGGCGUGCAGGUUCUAUAUCCUCAACACAUGCCCUUCAUGCGGCCUCAAUAUUAGAAAAUGGUGGUCGAAAUGAACAAGCAAUUGCUUUGUAUCAAAAAGCAGGAAAACCACACAUGGCUUUGAAAUUGGCUAUAAGUAGCGGCGAUACGAAUGCUAUGAUUGCAGCGGUGGAAUCGUUGGGUGAUCGUGUUGACCCAGAAGUUGCGCACACCCUUGCUACACAUCUCAAGAAUUCAGACCAUCAUUCACACGCCGCUGCUUUGUUAGCAACGGCUGGAAAAUAUGAGGAAGCAUUGGAAAUAGUGGAACAAUCAUCAGCACCGUUAUCUGAGGAGCUGAGUGAACGGCUGGCGGCACCGGCUGGCACCAGUGGCCGUGAUGCACUACUACGUCGGUUGGCAGACGUGCUUGGAACGCGAGGACUCUAUCAACAGGCUGCCAAACGCCUCGCUCAUGCAGGAGACAAGGCGGGUGCUAUGCGGUGGUUGAUGCGGUCGGGUGAUGCGGAUCGCAUCGCAGUAUUUGCGGCGGCAACUCGCGAUCGCGGCGCGCAGCUGAUGGCAGCUGAUUUCCUGCGACGACGUGCGGAUUGGCGCGCACGACCAGACCUGGCUCGCCAUAUCCUGCAUUUCUACACCAGAGCCCGCGCCUACGGGAAACUCGCGGCCUUCUACGCAGAUUGCGCCAAGAUGGAAGUCGACGAGUACGAUAACUAUGAAAAAGCACUGGAAUCUCUUAAGGAAGCUGCAAAAUGCUUAGCAAAAUCAUCUGAUCCUGAAUCAGGAGCGCAAACCGUCGCAAUUCAAGAACAAAGUACAUUCGUUAAGCGUUACUUGGAUGUUAAGAAAACAUUAGAAGCUGGUGAAAUUAAUACUGGUGUGACAAGUGGACAACAGUUACUUCGCGCGGUGUCCGGCCGAUCUGGGCUCGUCACUGAGGUGAAAGUGUUAAUGUUACUUCUACAGUUUGCUGUGAAUCAUCCAGAAUUAAUUCGAUUUAAAGAACAAUUAAAAGUAUUACAAAAACAUCCUGAAGAAGAAAAUAUUUCUACAGAUUCUCCUGAACAAAGUAUAGAAGAAAUAAUUUAAAAUAAUGAUGGAAAUAUCGGUACAGCCAAUAGAUUUCCAGAUUCAAUAGAUGUCUUGUGAAUGUCGCACAAUUUUUAUUAGAACUAUUUUUAUGUUACAAUCUUGUCUGAUAAAUUUAAUAUACUUAUAGUUAAUAACAAUAGUAAAAACACAAUUAUACAAAACGAUUUAUAUACCUACCUAAUUCAUUUAUACCCACUAUCAACGCCGAACCUUUGGCUUCGCAUACGUUCCACCGAAUGUUUCUACAACAGAUACAGUCAGCUGCCGACGUACCGUAUCUAUUUGUAAACUAAUAAAUGUAAUUUAUGUUAAAAAUAUUU